AUGGCUCAAGAGUGGAAACUGAAGGACCUGUCCAAGCUCGACCUCAACAACUACGACAAGGUCGAGGCAGAGGUCGACGGCAUAGAAGGCGGGAAGGUCGUCCUCGUCAAGGUCAAAGACCAGGUCCAUGCCCUUAACGCCAACUGCACACAUUUUGGAGCACCACUCAAGAACGGCGUUGUCACACCAGACGGCCGCUUGACCUGUCCAUGGCACGGCGCCUGCUUCAACGUCGCUACCGGCGAUGUCGAAGACGCACCUGCCCCACACGCUCUGAACAAGUUUGACGUCUUCGAGAAGGACGGCAGCGUAUACAUAAAAGGCAAAGAAGCAGACAUCAAGGGCGGCAAGCGCACCGUCAACAUCAAGACCACACCACAGUCAGACGAGAAGGUCGUCAUCGUCGGCUCCGGCAGCGGCGCCUUCGGUGCUCUCCUCAAACUCCGCCAGCACGGCUUCAAGGGCAAGGUCACGGUCGUCACCUCCAAAACCUACCCGAUCGACCGCACCAAACUCUCCAAAGCCCUCAUCACCGACGAGUCCAAGCUCUAUCUCAACCCGCCCGAAUGGUACAAGGACGGCUCAAUCGACUUCGCCAACGAGACCGUCAGCGGCGUCGACUUCGACAAGAAGACAGUCAAGACCGAAUCCGGCAAGAACAUCGAAUACACCAAACUCAUCCUCGCGACCGGCGGCACCCCCAAGAACCUUCCCCUCCCAGGCUUCCAAGACCUCUCCAACAUCUUCGUCCUCCGCGACGUCAACAACGUCCAAGACAUCAUGAACGCCGUCGGCGACAAAGGCAAGAACAUCGCCAUAGUCGGCACGUCCUUCAUCGGCAUGGAAGUCGCCAACGGCCUCGCCAAGGAGAACAACGUCUCCCUAAUCGGCAUGGAAGACGCGCCCCUUGAGCGCGUCAUGGGCAAGCAAGUAGGCCAGAUCUUUCAAAAGACCCUUGAGAAGAACGGCGCGAAGUUUUACAUGGGCGCCUCCGUCGACUCCGCUUACCCUUCGAAAUCCAACAAGUCAGCCGUGGGUGGGAUCAAGCUCAAAGACGGCACUGAAAUCCCCGCCGACCUCGUCAUCUUGGGCGUCGGCGUUGGUCCCGCAACGGAAUACCUCAAGGAUAACUCAAAGAUCAAGCUGGAGAAAGAUGGCUCGAUCGCAGUCGACGAAUCCUUCAAAGUCAAAUCCCUCGACUCCGUCUGGGCGAUCGGCGACAUCGCAACCUACCCGUACUCCGGCCCUGGUGGCAACAAGACCCCAGUACGCAUCGAGCACUGGAAUGUCGCGCAGAACAUGGGUCGUUCCGUCGGUCAACAGAUCGCUGAUCCAUCUGGCCCGAAACCGAAGCCGUUCAUUCCGAUCUUCUGGUCAGCGCUGGGGAGUCAGCUGAGGUACUGUGGGAAUACGCCGCAGGGUUGGGACGAUGUAGUGCUGAAGGGCGAGCCGGAGGAGGGGAAGUUUGCGGCGUACUAUGCCAAGGGCGAGGAGAUUGUGGCGGUGGCGAGCAUGCAGAUGGAUCCGGUGAUGGUUAAGUGUGCCGAGUUGAUGAGAAGGGGGGAGAUGCUGGGAAAGAAGGAUAUUGAGGGUGGGAGGGAUGUGUUGAAGGCGGGGCUAUGA